AUGUCGAACAUUCUGGACGUGUUCAACCCGAAAACGCCACCAAACGGCCAGCAGCCACAAGAACCGUGCUUUCCCUGUCUGCUGACGUCGGCUGCUGUCAUGAUUGCCGGAGGUGGUUACAUGGCAUCUGGAGCAGUGUUCAUGGCCAAAGAGGGCCAGCCACUCCCCCAGGCCGCCACUCCAGCCUGGCGGGCCACGGUCCGUCUGGGCGGUGUCGGCGUGCUCGCACUCGGACUCUACCGAGCCUACGACACUCUCAUGCUCUCCAAAGAGGCCGACUCAAAACUCCACUGA